AGGACCACUGGCAUUGUCUGUGCUUGUCAAUUACUGUUGUGUCAAAACAAUUAUGUAGAUUGUUUAUAAACAGCAAUUUAUAAUAAACAGUAUGGUUUCUACAAAAUGAGCAGUGAUUACAAUAAGAAAUACAAAAGGCCAAAACAAAAUACCUUAGCAACUACAAAACCAGGAACAUCAAAGACCAGAUCUAGUAAACACGAAGUUCUACGAAAGCAGCCAGAACCAUUAUGUCCUCUGUUAGCUAAAGACUCUGAAUGGGUCGACAUUUUGCAGUCGUCCCUCACGGACACUAUAAGAUCAUCAACCAAUGUGUCUGACGAGGAAGAAGUUUUACAGCUCGUAGAAUGUGAAGAUGGCCCCCAAAUGAAACCCUUAGCUAUUAUGUUUCCGGGAUUGCUAGACAAAGAUCCACAGACAUUACAAGGCAUGCUGACUAAGGCUAUGUCGACAACUGAAGUAACUCGACAUUUAGUUGAUCUUGGGCAAAAAGCAAACUUUACCUUCAUGAAAAAAGCUAAUCGAUUAAUUCCGCCCGAUAAGCAAUGGAUGGAAAGUUUGACUGAAAACAGCAAUUCACAUUGCUCUGUAGACUCUGGACUACUAAGUAACUGUCUUUCAAGUGAUUAUGAGGCAGAUAGUGAAGUAGCCGAAGUUCAAAGUAAUGAAACUAAAAUAAGGAAGAAGAAGAAACACUAUGGAAGCACUAAUCAGUCCAGCCCACUGCAACUGAGUUCACAUGACAUUUUAAUCAACGAAAGGUAUAUUGAUCUAUACCAAAGAUUUUCUUUUUAUUAUCCUAUAAGACCUCAAAAUAAAAAAUAAUAAUACAGAUUGAAACUUUUUAGUGAA